UGUUUUGACGUUGAGCAGCGCCACCAUUGAAUUUUAGCAAACAGUAAAAAGUACAGUUGUGCUUUUAACAUAGACCAAAGACAAACAAACUUUCCUGUGGUGUACUUUGAAGCUGUUUUUAAUAGAAAGCUGUCACUCUACCCAGUACCUGCUCAAGUGCUAUUCUGAACCAGGUUGUUUUUCGGUUGUUUUAACAACCCGGUGUAGUUCAGAUCUAGUUAGCAUGUAAGCUAAUAAGCUAUGGUUGGUUAUCAGUCGUCUAAAGUCAGCAUUUUCCUACAUCAUUAGCUGACGUUACUAAGUCUAUUUGCAUUUAGCAACUCAUCAAAUUUCUUCCCUGACUAAAGCACCGAAAUGGGAUUCCUUUAAAAUAAAUAGUAUCAUGUAUGGCUGCAUAUCGUAUUUUAAGAUUUGCUCAAUUAUUGAAGAGGGGACUGCCCAAGAGACAAGUCUGGACAAAAACUUCACUGUUGGUGUCAGCUCAAAUUGUAUUAAUGACUGAACUGACAGACUUUGAACCUUUAGCAAAGAGAUUCAGGGUUGGUAACCGUGCCCCAACCUCCCCUUCAUCUUCUCUCCAAGGCCCAUCUUCAUGUAGUAAGCGCAGAGAUAAUGAUACAGUCAAUGAAGAAAAGGGGCAAAACAACACAGAGAUGAAGAUGGAUAUACAGCCAAAGACUGGAGCAGGUGGUUUACGACGUGUGAAGACAAACGUUUCCCAUCAAAAAAUCAGCCCCAGACAGCAGCAGAAGUUAAGAAAUACUCUUGACCAAUGGUUAGUUAAGCCCAGAAAGAACCCAAAUACAGAUGAAGUGUGCCAAACCCAAGAUGAGGCAGAAACUGCAGAUGACAGUGCCUUUCAAAGCACCUCAGCUCAUUCUCUGGACUUCCAAAAUGCUGAAAAACCUACAGUCUCUGACAUGGAUGAAGAAACACAACCCUUGACACCACAAGACCUGGAAGAAGACAAUCCGGUGUCUCCAUCUUCCAAGGAUUCUGCAGGGAGUGGGUUUAUGCUGACACUGUCCAGCAAUGAUGGUGGAUUAGAAAAAGAAGAAAUGGAAACAUGCGCAGCAAACUCAGAGGGCUCUGUCAAGCACAGUACCAAAAUAACAGAUUUCUUUUCAGGGACCUCAUCACCACGUCUACCUGUGAGACGGGUCAGGCCAGAUAAGCCUCCAGAGAAACAAGAUGCAGACACAGACACGGAGAGUCCAUCUGCUGAUGUCAAAUGGCUGGGGACGCCAAUCAGUGAGCUUAAGAGAAUGCCUGAAUGCGGCGGACGGCUUCCUCCGCUAAAGGAUGUUCCUGGCCAGCACACUGUGAUGAUAAGGACAGACCUUCUUCAGAAUGGUAAAGUUCCUGUUCCAUAUCCUACUAAGUUUAAAGAUACCUGGGACAAUGUCCAUGUCAAGAUGCCCUGUUCUGGUAGUAACCUGUUUCCUGUAGAAGAUGAGGAAACACAUGAAAUGCAGAAUAAGAGUCGAUGGGAGCUGAUCAAGGAAACUUUAAACAAGAAAUUUACAAGUCCACUUGAGUUGAAGAAUGCAGUAUUGAAAUACAGUGCCUCACAUGCCCAGAAGUGGGAUUUCACAGCAUUACAUUUGUACUGCACUAAGGUCCUGGAGCCUGAUGCUGCCGAACAUCUGUUUGGCUCCCUGUUGCCAGACAUGGUGCAAUUAGCACUGAGAGCAUCUGAGCUCUGUACCAAGCCGAUACCCCUCCUCAAGAGGGGCACGAACCACUCCAUCACUGUGUCUCAGGAGCAGGUGGCAUGUCUGCUCGCCAACGCCUUCUUCUGCACCUUCCCGCGACGCAACUCUAGAAGGACUGAGUACUGCAACUAUCCAGACAUCAACUUCGUCAGGCUGUUUGAGGGGUCCUCUUCAAAGAAGAUUGAGAAGCUGAAAACCCUGAUGUGCUAUUUCAAAAAUGUCACUGAGCAAAAGCCUACUGGACUUCUAACAUUCACACGAAAAAGUUUGGAUAAACCCCUUAAUUGGAAAAGCUCACAGACUCCGCUCACAAAGCUCCACAUUACUUGUGAAGGAACCAUUGAGGAUGAUGGUUGUGGAAUGCUUCAGGUGGAUUUUGCCAAUCAGUUUGUGGGAGGAGGAGUCACCAGCUCUGGUCUGGUUCAAGAGGAAAUCCGUUUUCUGAUCAAUCCUGAACUUAUUGUUUCUCGCCUCUUCACUGAAGCCCUGGAUCAUAACGAAUGUUUGAUCAUCACAGGUACACAGCAGUACAGUAAAUACACAGGCUAUGCUAACACCUACCAAUGGGGUGGCAGCCACCAGGACACAACCCCAAGAGACGGCUGGCAGAGAAGAUGUACAGAAAUUGUGGCCAUUGAUGCACUGCAGUUCAGGAACUUUCUUGAACAGUUUAGCCCAGAGAGAAUCAACCGAGAACUCAACAAGGCCUACUGUGGCUUUGCUCGCCCUGAGGAACAAAGUCAAAACCUUGCGGCAGUGGCGACAGGGAACUGGGGCUGUGGGGUUUUUGGAGGAGACACGCGUCUCAAAGCUCUGCUCCAGAUGCUGGCAGCUGCUGAGGCGGGCCGAGAUGUAGCCUAUUUCACCUUUGGUGACAGCCAGCUCAUGACAGAUGUCCACAACAUGCACUCUUUCCUCACUCAGAGGAAUAUCGGUGUCGGGGAGGUGUAUGAUCUCCUGGGGCAGUACUACAGCUCAGUGUGCAGGAGCUGCCUCGGUCGGCGCCCUGACGUCAGCCUCUACUCCUUCAUCUACCAACAGGUCAGCUCCUCCCCUGGUGCCCGAUGAAUCCGACAGGCGCUCGGCCAGACAACAUGUCCCCACAGACUGCCAUUAAGGUCAGGUGGCCGAUGAGUCACCACGCCUUAUCUUCGGAAAGCGAAACGCUUACCAGUCUGCCUUUUAGAUUUAUUUUUUAUCGUAAUGUUUUUGUUAGACAAACUUUAAAUUAACAGUACCAAAAGUGGUCUCCACCACUGGCAGCUGAAAGUGAAAAUCUGGCACGCAGAUCCUUUUCAAAAACAACCGACCUGCAGAAGGGGAUUAGUUAAUGACCCUGUCUGUCGCUGCAGUCCACCCUGUGUUCAUUUUGCUGCUGCUGGAUAUACGCCAAUGGAUUGAGCUUCAAUAUGACGCAAUUGUGAUUUUAAUGGUGAGGCAAAGGUUGCCAUCCAUCUUCAGAGUUUGUCAUGUUGCCUUUUUUUUACACCCACACAUAUCCAGCCUAAUUGAAUUGGCUGUCAGAAAUCAAGUUAAAGGAAAAGAAUAACAAGAACAGGGUUUGGAAAGCUUGAAGCAUUCUCUGAAAAGCGGUUUGGUUUAAGAAAGCAGUCUGGCUCUUUGUGAAGUAAUCUCUUACCUUCUGCAUUUAUAGCUAUGAAAUUCUGGUUACGAUUAUGGUUCUACGAAUACAUUUUUGUGGGUUCUUGGUUGUGUGUGAUAAACAUUCCAAAGAACCCAGAUGCACUUAAAAUAUGAAUUAGCUUUGUUUGUUUCUGUAUUUUACAGCUGAUUUCAGGGUCAAUUUGUUUCUAAUAUUUGUUCAAUUUGAAUGAAAAUUGAGGAAUUUUUCUGAAAAAUUUUGUUUUUCAAACAACCUUAA